AUGUCUCGUGUAUCAGCAAACAAUUUUAUUGGUAAAUAUGUUCCUGACAGUUAUUUUACCAGAAACCAAGUUGCCAAUUUAAACGUGAAGAGUGCUAUCCCAACUCGACCACUCUACCGUACAGUUGAAGAAAUUGAUUCCGAUAUCUUCGCAAGUGUUUUAAGAAAUAUGCCACCUAAUUACCCAAGGUCGCGACUUCAUAAUUCAAAACAAAUCUCGGCCUUCUCCCAGAGUUACCUACAAAAACAGAGAGUAGAAUCGCUCCUUUCUGGAUCAUCUGCAAGUUCAUCACGUUCUACAUCGCCUGAGAGAGCAUAUCAACCAGUGGCAAGAACGAAUCAUGACAACAGUGGCUACCAUGGGAGGAGAUCACAUCAGGGAAGACGAUCACCACCAAGAUAUACUUCACCGAAUUACAACGUUGAUAGAAUGUUGGCUAGUAGCCCCUACAUAAAGAACGGACAAACCGAAGCUUAUCAUAGACGAGAACUGAGCCAGCCUUCAAGGAGGAUAAGUGGAAAACCAGGGCAUCAUGGCUCAAAACCAUACCUUGAUGGACACAAUAGAGGUAAGUUGGCUGAUUACUUACUUAAUCUCAUUAUUACUUAA